CUUAAGCCCUAAUCCAUUCAUUCCCUGGGAAUCCCUCACCUUCUGCUUCUGCGGGGAUCGGUUCUGCCUUCUGCUUCUUCAUUCGACCAUUCCACAACCACAAAACCAUCUGGUUUGCUGAAGAACCUAAAGGAAGAAUCUUUGCUAAAAAAUGGUGAGAGUUAGUGUGUUGAAUGAUGCUCUGAAGAGCAUGUACAAUGCUGAGAAGAGGGGAAAGAGACAGGUCAUGAUUAGGCCUUCCUCAAAAGUGAUUGUCAAGUUUCUUCUGGUGAUGCAGAAGCAUGGAUACAUUGGGGAGUUUGAGUAUGUGGAUGAUCACAGAGCUGGUAAAAUUGUCGUUGAGUUGAAUGGGAGGUUAAACAAGUGUGGUGUAAUUAGUCCUCGUUUUGACAUUGGUGUCAAGGACAUCGAAGGAUGGACUGCAAGGUUGCUUCCAUCAAGACAGUUUGGAUACAUUGUGCUGACUACAUCUGCCGGUAUCAUGGACCACGAGGAAGCCAGGAGAAAAAAUGCCGGAGGAAAAGUUCUUGGCUUCUUUUACUAAGUUUCUUGUUGACGAGAAUGAUCGGUGUCGUUUUUUGUCAUGUAUUUCUGCUUUAUACCUUCUAUAUGUUUGAUUUUAACUUUGCUUUCCCUGCAAUUUGAAUAGAGCUUGUUGCCUUUAUUUCAUUUUGGAACAAUGUUAUUGACUAAUACAUUUAGCAGAAUGUAGUGUCCAUUUCUAUGUAGCAGAUGCAAUUUUACACACCAUUUAUGUAUACUCGUUGUGUGCUUCUCUUUA